UAAUUGUUGGUCCUCUUUGCAGCGUUCAUGGUCUUGUUAUUUGACCUAAAGGCACUGGUCGACUUGAGUUCAAUUGGGACCAUCUUUGCCUACACUCUUGUUGCGGUGUGUAUUCUGAUAUUAAGGUACAAGGAGGACCCUGGUUUCAGCCAUAGACGGGAACCGUUUACUGUCAUGGGACUGUUUAUUCCUCCUUCUCGAGCCACCCCCCGUACCUCUAAAAAUGUCAACGUAAUCACCAUCAUUAUUUUGUUCCUGGUGAUGGUUUUAAGCUUGCUGCUGUCCGAGGGUGCGUUUUCCCUCCGCAACAGAGAGCUGUGGAGCGUGCUGAUCGUGUCUUUCCUCUCGCUGAUGCUGGUCCUCGCUGUGGCAAUCAUCUGGAGGCAGCCACAGAGCAUUUCUAAAGCCUCUUUCAUGGUUCCCGGUCUACCUGUUGUUCCAGUUUUAAGUGUCCUCAUCAAUACCUACUUGAUGGUUCAGUUGGGAGGGGAAACCUGGAUCAGCUAUGCAGUCUGGAUGGUAAUAGGACUCAUCAUCUAUUUUGGUUACGGGGUUCGCCAUAGUGUCCAAAAACAAAGGCUUUAUCAGGCUCGCACCCGACUCAAUAUUGUUCAUGUAAACAAUGUUGCUGCUUGAAGUCCUGUAUUGUAUUGAAUUGUGUAAUGUGUCACUCUCGACUGACAUGUAAAAGGUUCUACAGAGUACAUACAGUUAAACUCAUCAACGAAUAACCUUGAAAUAAUUUUACGGAUUUUAAUCAGGUUUCAGCCAGGAUUGGAUUGACCUUCUUUUGAUGCAUCGGUUUUAUAUGUUCAAUUGCUUUGUUAAAAGUAUAUUAAGGUUAUUAUAACCUGUUUUUAUGUGUUGUCAUAUUAUGGCUCAUCAGUCCUUCAAGACUAGGUACUCUUGGAUAUAUAUGUUGUUUAUAAAAAUGAAAUGUUGAUCUGUAUUAAGGUCAUUUAAAUCUUUAAGAAUUAAUGUUAAUAAAUUUGCAGAAAAAUAAAUACAUUGUAAUUAAGUGGAUGAGAAUAGAAG